AUGGUUGACUCCGACUCAGACAUUUUGAAUGCAAUUGAAGGAAUUGCAAGUGUCAAGUUCGAAUGGUACCAACCUAACCCUCAAGCAGUCAGACAACAUGCUGGAUACUUCCCGUUCAUAAAUAAGUCUGACAUUGACUUGACAAGGUAUGGAAUUUACAAUUCAAUUGAAACAAUUGUCAAUGAACCUUGUAUUCUUACAUGUCUCAGGAACUCUGGUCUUGUUACAGAUGAGAAGAUGAAGUAUCUUGAGUCAUGUGUGAAGACAAGGUACAUUCUCAGAGGUCAAUUGGCAAAAAUUGCACCGUUGGCAAAUGUCAAUAUCCGAGUCAACAUACCUACAGCUAAAGGUUCUUCACAUGACGACUAUGUUGUUGAGUUCAAUUUACCAUGGUUGAAGAUUGUAAUUGUCCACAACCACUUCAUGUUGAACGAAAGUCUUACAAACCCAUUGUUCGGAAAAGGCAAGUGCAACAUUGUCAGAGCUGUAAACAUUCUUUUCGAGAAAGGUUUGUUGGAACCAAUUCCAGAUGACAAGCUGACAGAAACUUUUGUACCAAAAGACGAAACAAACUUUUCACUGUUAGCAAGACCAAAAGUUGUUCCAGACAAAGUUCUAGUACAAAAGAAGUACACAAUUCCACAAGGAGUUGGAUUGUUCGGAUACCAACCUGAACCAGAAGAACUUCCAAUGAGGUUGCAAGAACUUCAAGAUGCUAUAAAUAAACUUCCAUUGAGACAUCCAAUUGACGUCAAAUUGUAUUGGAGAGCAUCUGAGUUAGGUCAGAAGGUUUUAUAUGAAACAGGUUGCUUCGACGAUGUUUAUGAGAUAACAGGAGAAGUUUCUCAGAAGAUAAGAGACUCACUUGAAUUUCCACAAACUGGACCAAUUGGUUGCGACAAGUUCGACUCAGAUGAAAAGAUAUACUAUGUCGACCUUAACGCUGCAUACAUGAGGUUUGUCCAAUAUAUUCCGACUGGAAUUCCAAAC